CCGGUAGAAGGAGGAGAAGGGGAAGGUGGAAGGAGGAGGAUGGGCGGCCCUGGGCUAGAAGCGGGGAGGUGACUGAGGCAAGCCCAACCCCUUGCAUCCUCCCCCCUUGUGCCUCCCUCCCGGUUCUGCUUCCUUCUGCCAGCAGAAGCGGUGGCAGCAGCAGCACCUGAGGCUGCGCUCUCUCCUGGCAGCGCUAUGGCUAGAGCUGGGAGCAGCCUCCAUCCUUCUACCAGAGACUGGGACAGAACUGAGAGGCCUCCUGCUGUGUUCCUACUGCUGCUGCGGCUGCUCUGGGCUGGGACUGCUUUCCAGGUGGCUCAGGGAACCGAGCUUCACGCCUGCAAAGAGUCUGAGUAUCACUACGAGUACACUGCGUGUGACAGCCUGGGCUCCAGAUGGAGGGUCGCCGUGCCGCACACACCUGGACUGUGCACCAGCCUACCUGAUCCAGUCAAAGGCACUGAAUGCUCCUUUUCCUGCAAGGCUGGGGAAUUCCUGGACAUGAAGGACCAGUCGUGUAAGCCGUGUGCCAAAGGCCGCUAUUCUCUAGGCACAGGCAUCCGAUUCGAUGAGUGGGAUGAAUUACCGCAUGGAUUUGCCACCCAAGCGACCAACAUGGAGAUGGAUGAAGACUUCACUGAGUCUCCUGAGAACUGUACCUCGUCAACUUGGGCUCCCUUGGGUGACUACAUCGCUUCGAACACAGAUGAAUGCACGGCCACGCUGAUAUAUGCUGUCAACCUGAAGCAGUCAGGCACUGUGUCAUUUGAAUAUUUAUACCCGGACACUGGCAUCAUCUUUGAAUUUUUCGUUCAGAAUGAUCAAUGUCAACCUAACAUAGAAGACUCCAGAUGGAUGAAAACUACAGAAAAGGGGUGGGAAUACCAUAGUGUGGAGUUAAAUCGUGGCAACAACGUUCUGUAUUGGAGAACCACAGCGUUCUCAGUCUGGUCCAAAGUCCGCAAGCCUGUGCUAGUGAGGAAUAUCGCCAUUACAGGGGUUGCCUACACUUCAGAAUGCUUCCCUUGCAAGCCUGGUACCUAUGCUGCCAACGAGGGCUCCUCUACCUGCAAGCUCUGCCCGGCAAACUCUUACUCCAACAAGGGAGAAACCUCGUGCCAUGAGUGUGACUCAGACAAAUACUCAGAACAAGGAUCCUCUUCUUGCAAGCUGCGUCCAGCUUGCACCAACAAAGAUUAUUUCUACACACACACAGCCUGUGAUGCCAAUGGAGAGACACAGCUCAUGUACAAAUGGGCGGAGCCAAAAACUUGCAGUGAGGAUCUUGAGGGAGCAAUGAAACUUCCAGCCUCUGGAAUGAAGACCCGUUGCCCACCCUGUAACCCAGGAUUCUUCAAAACCAACACCAGCACCUGUGAGCCCUGUCCCUACGGCUCCUUCUCCAAUGGCUCAGGCUGUGUCAGCUGCCCAGCUGGGACUGAACCAGCUCUGGGUUUCGAAUACAAAUGGUGGAACACCCUGCCCACAAAUAUGGAAACAACUGUUCUUAGUGGAAUCAAUUUUGAGUACAAGGGCAUGGCAGGCUGGGAGGUGGCUGGUGACCAUAUUUAUACAGCUGCUGGAGCCUCAGAUAACGACUUCAUGAUUCUUACGCUGAUUAUACCAGGAUUCAGCCCUCCACAUUCAGUGAUGGCAGACACAGAGAAUAAAGAGGUGGCCAGAAUCACUUUUGUCUUUGAGACUGUGUGUUCCGUGAACUGCGAACUUUAUUUCAUGGUGGGAAUGAAUUCCAGGACUAACACGCCAGUGGAAACCUGGAAAGGACGCAAGGGCAAACAGUCCUACACUUACAUCAUUGAGAAGAACUCCAGCAUGAGCUUCACCUGGGCCUUCCAGAGGACCACUUCCCAUGAAACAGGCCGGAAGUACACCAAUGAUGUUGCCAAGCUCUACUCCAUCAAUGUCACCAAUGUCAUGGAUGGGGUGGCCUCCUACUGCCGCCUCUGUGCACUGGAGGCCUCUGACUCUGGCUCCUCCUGUGCUUCCUGUCCCGCUGGCUACUACAUCAACCGAGAAUCUGGGGCCUGCCACUCCUGUCCUAAGAACACAUUCCUGAGAGCACACCAGCCCUAUGGCAUCCAGGCCUGUGUGCCCUGUGGCCCAGGGACCCAGAGUAACAAGAUCCACUCGCUCUGUUUCAACGACUGCACCUUCUCUGUCGCCAAUGUAGCCAGAACCUUCAACUAUGACUUCUCGGCUUUGGCAAAUCCUAUCUCUCUGUCUGGGGGACCAAGCUUUACUUCCAAAGGGCUCAAGUAUUUCCACCACUUUACCCUCAGCCUCUGUGGAAACCAGGGUAAGAAAAUGGCUUUGUGCACAGAUAAUGUCACUGAUAUCCGGAUCCCAGAGGGGGAUUCAGGCUUCUCUAAAUCCAUCACUUCCUACGCCUGUCAGUCAGUCAUCAUCCCCUCUGAGGUGACAGGCUAUAAGGCUGGCGUCUCCUCACAACCUGUCAGCCUUGCCGAUCGACUUGUAGGGGUGACAACAAAUAUGAACUUAGAUGGAAUCACCUCCCCGGCUGAACUUUUUCCCUCCGAAACUCUAAGGAUGCCCGACGUGAUCUUCUUUUACAGGUCUAAUGAGGUGACACAAUCUUGUACUUCUGGGAGGUCAACCACUGUCCGCAUCAGAUGCAAUCCACUGAAACCUGCCCCUGGAAGCCUCUCGCUGCCAGCGAAAUGUUCCGAUGGGACUUGUGAUGGCUGUAACUUCCACUUCUUGUGGGAGAGUGUGACAGCUUGCCCCCUCUGCUCCAGCUCUGACUACCACGCUAUCAUCAGUAGCUGUGUGGCCGGUAUCCAGAGAACCACUUAUGUGUGGCGAGAGCCGAAGCUGUGUACAGGAGGCAUCUCCCUGCCUGAUCAGAGUGUUACCAUCUGCAAGACGAUGGAUUUUUGGCUCAAAGUGGGCAUCUCUGCUGGCACCUGUGCUGCCAUUCUUCUCACUGUCAUGACCUGUUACUUCUGGAAAAAGAACCAAAAACUAGAGUACAAAUAUUCUAAGCUGGUGAUGAAUGCCACCCUUAAGGACUGUGAUCUGCCUGCCGCUGACAGUUGCGCCAUCAUGGAGGGUGAGGAUGUAGAGGAUGAUCUCAUAUUCACCAGCAAAAAAUCCCUCUUUGGGAAGAUCAAGUCAUUCACUUCUAAGAGGACACCAGAUGGAUUUGACUCUGUGCCAUUGAAGACAUCCUCAGGAGACAUGGACAUGUGAGGGGCCCAGACCUGCCUCCUUCUGCUUCCUUACCUAGGCAGAUUGUUUUGUGAGCCCACGGUGACUUGGCUGCUCAGCUCUCUCCCACACCUGCAGCUGGAAGAUUCUUUAUGUGGCCUUAUCAUAAAAUGUUUCAAUUUCAGAUUUUUUUAUAUACACACCCAAACAUCCCACCCUGCUUACCCCAAACCUGCCAAACACACCCACAAUUGUCUGUACAAUGGCUCCUUUGCUUGCAUUUCUAUUUGUCAAAAUGACCCAGCUUCCCACAGUGUAGCUUUAUCCACCAAUGGUUCUAAUUGUUCCAAAAUGAAAAAAAAAAUGUUCUCUCUUGCUAAGUACGGAGCUGACUUCUCCUAGCUCUUUAUCUAAAGGCACAAAUUCUCCUUGCAUUUUCUCAGUUUCCCCUUGGGGAACUAGGUGCCAAGUCAGCUGAGUUCCCUUGAGCUCCUUUCUUACUGAUGAUGUCUUGAAUAGAAAGGCCUCCUUUCCUCUGGACAUGAAGUUGAGCCUGGAGUGGAGAGGACAGGUGUGGCAAGUAUAACAUGGAGCAUUCUUAGGAAGCACAAAAAGGAGCCAGGGGGUUUUGUUCUAAGGAUCUUCUCCCUUUUACUAGGUGGUACUUUUCCCUUUCUUAUCACAGAGGUGUUCUCACUGGAGCCAAAUAAGAAAGUUAAUAAAGAAAUUCACUGAAGAAUCUGGUCAAAUAUAUUCCCUACCCUGAUGUUAUACUCUACCGAAAGAUUCCACCUCCAUAGUUCUGUUUCCCUGCCAUCUCCCUCUGGCCCCUAAGGGACACAGACAAGCCCAAAUUCAGUUUUUCUAGCUCUGUCCCUUUGUUUUAUUCUAUAACUCACUAAACCUGUAAGAAGAGAGGCUGAAGAAACCAGAAGAGUCAAAAUUAUAUUUUAUCCCCUCUACCACUGACAACUCUCCCUUCACUAUACUUUUUGAGAUGACAAUGAUGGUUCCUUGGCCAGUAGCCCACUUGUCCACUUUUUCUGUCUGCACUAUUUAAUGGUCAGUUGAUAAUUAAUUUGUUUGUACAGAAUGGGUUAUCGAAAAGUCAUGUCUCUGUCCUCCAUAAUGAUAGGGGUACCUAGAAAUUCUUUCAUUAAAACCCCCAUGCUACUCUAGACCACCCUCAUUGAUCCUUGAUGGGAGGGUAGGGUUUAUCAGUGGAUACACAAGUUCUCUAUUUGUUGUGGUUAUUUCCUCCUUUAGGAUCUAUGAUUCUCCCGGGAAAUUCGUCCAGGAAAUGCACACACUUGACUCUGUAAUUCUCCCUUACAUUUACUCCUAUACCCUUAGCCCUCUCUCUUUGGUAGGGAGCUUGGCAUUGACAGCACCCAGCCACUCUUUUUUCUCUCAUAGUAUUUUACCCUUCUGCCUCAAAGGACAUGGAAAGAGCUCCCAGACCACUCUCUAAAACAGCUCCAGUGGGAACUAUCAUAGCCUCUUCACCCCUGAUUUGCACAAUGUGUAGCCAAAGUCUGGGCCCCCUCAGAACAAUCUUGAACUCCAGCGAUUUGGUUAAAACAUUUCAAAGAUCUCUUUUCCUCAGGGUACAGGCAGGGGGUCUAUGUGGGACCCUAGGGCACCAUCAGGGUCACUAGUAGCCAUCGUCCAUCCUAUUACUCCUUGAGCUCUUUAGCGAUCUUGGACAGAUGCAGUUGUAUUUUAGAAGUGAUUUCUGAGAAAGCCCCCCACCCCCACCCCUUUUUUUUUUGCUAAGUUUUACACAAAUUCUCUGAGGAGAAUCGACUUUAAAAUCUCAUUGGGAUGCCCAAAGUCCUGAGACACAAGAAUUAGUCAUCUUGUAAGUAAUUCCUAUGUUUGGCUGGGGACACAAAUGAAAAUUACGAUGAAUUCAAGGACCAGGGGAUUUCUUCUGCCACCCAACAAGAUUUUUUCGGUUGACUUUUUUUUUUUGGCGUGAUUGUACCUUAAAGAUAAGACUGACUAUAUUUAUACAACAGAGACUUUGUAAUACAUUUUUUAGCUUUGUGAAACCAAAAUUCUGUCUUGUCAAAACGGGUUGGAUUUCCUUUUUACACUGUUUUCCAAGAAUUUGUAGUUUGUUAGGGGAUGGGUAUUGCAUGUAACAUGUGUGUGAAAUAAAAAUGUACCUUUUGGAUUUUU